UUUGAGCAGGGAAGCAUUUUUACUGUACAAAUACUCUCUGGUCUUUGUCUCGUCCUUAAUGGUGAUCUGCCAAACACCUGCACAAGAGGAUAGAAAUGAAAUUCGUGGUUCUCCUGUAUGCUGUCAGUGGUGGACAUGAGAGUGGUUUUACUGAUCAUAAUUUUGUACUUACUCCCACAGCCAAGUUCUAUUCCAGAGUAUCUAUUUACCUCUUUCCCUUGGAGUGCAAUCUUUUCUCCAUCAUCUCCCCCUCAUCUCAUCAUCCUUUCUAAUCCAUAGAUAAUAGCUUAAUUUUUUUGCAUAUCAUCUAAACAUAUGUAGUCCAACUUCCCCUACCUGUAUAUAACUUGGAAAUUUAUUCUGGAGAGAGGCUUGUGUUCUUAAAGAUUUAAUUUCAGCUGAUGAAGGUUUUUUCUAUCUAUAAGCCUUCUCUACUGUAAAUAUAAUGCAUGCUUUCACUUCUGUUUCUUGAUGUGUGGUACUGAAAUGGUUCUGUGAUUCUGUAUUUUGAAAGAUUUGGUUUAAGAAAUAUGGACCUUGCAAUUUUACAUGUUUUCUACAUGCCGAGAAAUUCACUAAAGAUUAUUAAUUGCUACACAGGAAAUGCAGAAAAUCUAGUGCAGUAGAGCUUAUCUUCCAAGUUUUGUAACUUUUACCAUUCUUAUCUCUUUGUUUCUUGCUGAUUUUUCUUCUGAAAAUGCAGAGCAUUGGAGAAAACUUGGUGGAGGCAUGCAGAAAACAGCACAUGUGUCUAGAUGUCAGUAGAGUUUCUAAAGGGUUUUUUUUUUGUAACUCAGUUGAGAUUUUUCAGGCUCUUCUAAAUAUUGUGGUUUCCAACAGUUACUUAACUGUAGCAAUACAUUUUACUGUGCAUGUAUUCUUUCCAGUUUUUGUAAAUGGGUGGAAAAGUAGGUUCCUUCCAAUAUGCUGUCUGUUGUCUUAGUGAAUAGAUGUAAUUUCAAAAUGAGGCGGGAGGAGAAAAUAUGAAACCAGAAAAGAAAGCAUAUGGGCACCCUCUCUGGAACUGUUUGUGCUAGUGAGGUUGAGAUUUGUUGAACUGGGGACUUCUAAGAUGUUUGAAACAUUGAAAUUUGUAUUUCUGGUGUAGUUGACCACCUUGAAGGUCAACAGAGGUGUGCAAGUCGUGCUUUAGGAGCUUGCCUGACAUCACAUUUUGUUUAGUAAUUGUUUCUGCUUAGGAGCUUUUUAAUACCGAGUUCUUGUCCCUUUCCCUUUUCAUGGGUUUCUCACUGCCCUUUGGUUUUAUACCAGACAAAUGGCUCUACCAGGAAAGCAGUAAUAACUUUUGUUGUACAGAAUCACUAGGUUGGAAGUGACCUUCAAGAUCGAGUCCAGCCUAUGCCCUAACACCUAUACUGAACUGUGGUGCCAGUUGCCACAUCCAGUGUUUUUUUAAACACAUCCAGGGAUGGUGACUCCACUACCUCCCUGGGCAGACCAUUCCAGUAUUUUAUCAGUCUUUCCAUAAAAAACUUUUUCCUAAUAGCCAACCUGUAUUUCAUUUGGUGCAGCUUGAGACUGUGUCCUCUUGUUCUGUCCAUUGCUGCCUGGAGAAAGAGAUUGACCCCCACCUGACUACAACCACUUUUCAGGAAGGUGUGGUAAGAGUGAGUCUCCUUUGCAAUAGGCAGAGAUGUCCUUUAAAUAGAGGGUGAGUCUCCUUUUCUCCAGCUGAACACCCCUAGCUCCCUCAGUCAUUCUUCACAGGGAUUGUGUUCCAAACCCCUCACCAGCCUCAUUGACCUCCCCUGGAUGUGCUCAAGUGUCUCGAUGUCCUUCCCAAACUGAGGGGCCCAGAGCUGGACACAGCACUCAAGGUGCAGCCUCUGCAGUGCCAAGUACAGGGGAAGGAUGACCUCCCUGCUCAUGCUGGCCACACUACUCCUGAUACAGGCCAGGAUGCCCUUGUCCAUCAGGGCACUUGCUGGCUCAUGUUCAGCCGGCUGUUGACCAGCACCCCCAGCUCCCUUUCCACCUGGGCUCUGUCCAGCCACACCGUCCCCAGCCUGUAGCAUUGCAGGGAUUGUUGUGGCCAAAAUGUAGGAGUCAUCACUUGGACUUACUAAACUUCAUCUUAUUGGACUCUGCCCACCCAUCCAACCAUUCCAGGUCUCUCUGCAGCGGCAUCCUACCUUCCAACAGAUUGACAUAUGCUCUCAGCUUAAUGUUGUCUGCAAAUUUACUACUGUGUUGCAUGGGGAAAUAUCUUUUGUGUAUGUGUUGUUUUCUUCCACCCUUUGCUUGUCUUUUCCUUAGCGGUAAUUAUAUGUACUCUUAAGACUAGACAGUGUGGUAAUAGGUCAGCACUAGAGCUGGUGUAGUUUGAUGGCCCAGAUCAACAGGAGUGUGUCAUUUUUCCUGGUUUCUUUUAGUUUAUUUUUUAAACCUGUGAUCCUUAAAAUGUGCUUAAAGGGAUGCAUGAAUUAUGAAGUAAGCAAAUGUUCUAUACCGCACUUUCAGAUGGUGCAGGUGUGGGAGUUUAUUAGCAUGGUUGACAUGUUUUAUUGCACUUAGCAUUUGACAACACAGAAGUGUAAAAUAUCUUGGGUUUUUUCUCACUUUUUGAGUGGUGUCAUAUGACAUUUUGAAUUAUCUGGUAAAAUAAGCCAAUUUCUUUCCAGGAAACCAGCCCCAAAAUGAGUAAUGGAUAAGCAUGCUACUUGCUUCUUAGCACACUGUCAUGUCUCAGGAGGUUCAUGUGUUAUGCCCUGGUUGUACAGCGCAUAUGUUUCCAGUUUCUGACUGUGUGGAACAAUGUGGGCUUACAUGAGAGUGUGGUAGUGGCACAAGUUAAAAGUGGUGAAGGAAUACUUGACAAGACGGGAGAUGUUGCAGCCUGUUCAUCGGCUCACUGCUGUCUGCAUGCUGGGGUUUGCUGUCCACAUUUGUUUGCUCACUUGCUCUGUAGACAUAUCCAGGCUUGCAAGUAUUCACGGUUUUCACUUGGAAGCUGUAAAAAAUAAACCUUUAAUUUUUUUUUUUUUUAAUUUAAGGUGGUUUAAUCUAGCUUGGCUGAUGUGAGCAGUAUGAGAAGUACUUGUUUGCUUGUUCAUGCUGUAGGAAGGGGUGCAUGAGCAGAAGCCUGGAUUGUGUGGAGUUGCAUCACUCUUGCAAAAGCACGAUAUGUAAAUAGUGCAGUCGUCCGGCAGAUGGGUGGCAGUGAAAUAUCUGAGAUACUCCAGAUACACCGUAGGCUGAAGCAUCUGAGAUUCUCCAGCUGAGUCUGUGCAUUGGAAGCUUCCCUCUUACUGAUGGGCUUGAAGCACAUGUUUAAGUGUGGCUCUGACUAAAAGCUGUGUUGAAUAGUGGAUUUAAAAUCUUGCAUAAUACUGUGUUGAAAGCUGAUGUGCAAGAGGUUUGGGAGUAGUGAGAAAGCAGCAUUUGUAAUUGACUUGACAAGUAACACAUUUGUACAGAUAGAGCUCUGUACAAGUGUUAGGUAAUUGGUUGUAUAUGGUGUGAGAACUUGGCUGUUAUUGGAAGCACACUGAAGCAAGGUGCAAAGUAAAAUACUGCACCAUUGUGUGUACCACAAUACAGAAGUGGUAGAUGUUCAUGUCUGGGACUGACCAUCAGGAAGAGAUGCUCAGAGCAUGAGUUCCUUUAGAGGACCAUGGCACAGAUCAAAGGAAAUGUGGGAAAAUUCAGGUACAUGGGAAUUUUCAAUGUGGUAUUUAAAUAGUUCAGCAGUUUGGGUAUUUUGUCCUGCAUUUCACUCUGUAAAUGCAGUUGCAGAGUAAAAUUUGUGCUGUAUUUGUGGCACACAAACUGUAUUUGUGCAGCCAAAUAAUUGCAUUCUCUAGUGCAUAACUGGCCAUAUAGACAAGUACUAUACAUACUUUUAUGUGGUGCUCUUUGAGGGCUUCCACAGAAUGGAAAUAAACAAGCCAAUAAUUUGAAUCAGAUUAUCAGUCUAUCUUUCAAAAAAGCUAGUAGCUGCUCUACAGGAUAGAAGACAUCCUUUUUCAGCUAGAGAAUUUCAAAUAACGCAUGAAGAGGGAAGGAAGUAUUGCAAUGGUUACACCUGUUGUAAUGGAAAACUGUGUGUGACUUUAUAACAUGCAAGGCACUGAUUCCAGGGGGAGCUCCCCUGCAUUUCUCCGUCCUCAGAACGGGAGCAGUCACAGGUCUUCGGGGUAUGUCCCGGGGAGAAUUGCGCCUCUCCGUCCCCCGCCGCCUUCGCAGAGCCAUGCUGCAGCAGAAUUUACCUCGGGAAGACAGGAAGCCCAGACAAGACUCCCAUCCUUACCAGUGGAGCAGCACCGCCGACAGGCAGAAGCCAACAGACAUAAAAAUACUCUUAUUUGUUCUGCCAUUUCUAGCCUUUCACUUUUUGUUGCACUGGGGAUUUUUUUGGGAAUAGCUUCAAAAUAUGCUCCAGAUGAGAAUUGUCCUGAUCAGAAUCCUCGCCUUAAAAACUGGAGCCCUGGAAAAGAUCCUGAAAAACGAGUUAUUAUCAAAAAAGGGGAUUUGUUUCGUCUUAACUCAGAUGCUACAGUACACUCUAUAGUUAUACAGGAUGGAGGUUUACUUGUUUUUGGUGAUGAUAAAGAAGGUUCUAAAAACAUUACCUUGAGAACUCGAUUUAUCCUGAUAAAGGAUGGUGGAAUGCUUCAUGUUGGAGCAGAGAAAUGCCGCUAUAAAUCCAAAGCAACUAUUAUUUUGUAUGGGAAGUCAAACGAAGGUGCUGAUGUGCCAGAAUUUGGCAAAAAAUUUAUUGGCGUGGGCCCUGAAGGAACGCUGGAGUUGCACGGGCACCAGAAGGUAUCAUGGACUCUUCUGUCAAAGACUGUAUAUUUCUCAGGGCUGGCCUAUGGUCAUUAUACAUUUAAAAAGAAUUUUUCCCGAGGACUAAAUGUUAGAGUGAUCGAUCAGGAUACAGCGGAAGUUUUGGAAGUGCUGAAGUUUGAUACUCAUGAAUUUGCAGAGGAAAGCUUAAAGCUCCAGAACUUACUGAAAAAUGGGCAUCCUGGUCGCAUUAUUGCUAUUGCUGUAGGAGAUUCAGCUGCUAAAAAUCUUUUGGAGGAAACCAGAGUCACUAUUCAAAAUCUUCUGGGAAGUAGGUUUGUCAGAGGAUUAAGUUACAGGCAAGCCUGGGCUUUAGUUGGUGUCAUAGGUGGUGGAAAUUCUUCCUGUAAUGAAUCAGUGAGAAACUAUGAAAACCACAGCACUGGUGGGAAAGCUCUUGCUCAAAAAGAGUUUUUCACAGUGGAUGGUCAGAAGUUUGUUGUGAGAGCUUACAGCGAAUGGAAUGAUGGUGUCCCAAUAUCAGGCUUCCAGGUGGAAGCAGUGGGUGGAGUAAUACUGAAUCUUCUGGAUGAUGUUAGUACUUGGGAGCCUGGAGACAGGAUUGUGGUUGCGAGCACAGACUAUUCGAUGUAUCAGACAGAGGAAUUCACCCUCCUUCCCUGCAUGGAGUGUACCAAGCAUCAGGUUAAAGUCAAAGAAAACCCUCAGUUUCCUCAUGUAGGAGAAGUAAUUGAUGGAGUGGACAUGAGAGCAGAAGUUGGAGUUCUUACAAGAAAUAUCCUAAUAAAGGGGGAGACAGAAAAUGCCUGCUAUCUUGAAAAGGAGUGUCAGUUCUUCAGUUAUGAUACAUUUGGUGGACAUAUCAAGAUUUUGAAGAAUUUUACAUCUGUUCACCUUUCCUAUGUGGAAUUGAAGCAAAUGGGCCAGCAGCAGAUUGGAAGUUACCCUGUUCACUUUCACCUUUGUGGGGAUGUGGAUGAAAAAGGAGGGUAUACUUUUAAAACUUACCUGGAAGGUCUUUCCAUUCAUCACUGUUUCUCCAGAUGUGUGACUGUUCAUGCAACUAAUGGUUUGCUGAUAAAGGACACCAUUGGCUAUGACACAUUGGGUCACUGUUUCUUCAUAGAAGAUGGUAUUGAGCAGAGGAAUACUUUGUUCCACAACCUUGGGCUAGUCACAAAACCAGGGACAAUUCUACCUACAGACAGAAACAGCAGCAUGUGUAUUGGGAUUAGGGAUAAGGUAUAUGGAAGUUAUGUCCCAGUGCCAGCCACAGACUGCAUGGCCGUUUCAACAUUCUGGAUUUCUCAUCCCAACAAUCAUCUUAUAAACAAUGCAGCAGCAGGCUCACAGGAUGCUGGAAUAUGGUAUUUGUUCCACAGGGUUGCUACAGGAGAUUCUCAUAGUCUAGCCAUCGAAACCAAAUCAGAGCUUACACCCCUAGGAAUCUUCUAUAACAACAGGGUUCAUUCUAAUUUUAAGGCUGGUUUGUUCAUUGAUAAGGGUGUUAAAACAACUAAUGCUAGUGCCGAUGAUCCCAGAGAAUAUCUCUGUUUGGACAACAAUGCAAGGUUUCGACCUCAUCAAGAUGCAGACCCUGAAAAGCCCCGAGUUGCUGCCUUGAUUGACAGAUUAAUCUCUUUCAAAAAUAAUGAUCAUGGAGCCUGGGUCAGAGGAGGGGAUAUCCUCAUUCAGAACUCUGGGUUUGCAGACAAUGGAAUAGGUUUAACAUUUGCAAGUGAUGGGAGCUUCCCAAAUGAUGAAGGUGCCAGCCAGGAAGUAUCAGAGUCACUGUUCAUAGGUGAGAGCAAGAAUUAUGGGUUUCAAGGUGGACAAAAUAAAUAUGUGGGAACUGGAGGAAUAGACAACAAGACACGCACUCUGCCUAGAAAUCGGACAUUUCCAAUCAGAGGCUUUCAGAUUUAUGAUGGACCUAUUCACCUUACCAAGUGCACAUUUAAAAACUUCGUGCCAACUCCAGACAGAUAUACCAGUGCAGUUGGGUUCUUGAUGAAAAAUCCGUGGCAGAUGACUCCAAAAAAUAACAUUUCUCUUGUGAAGUUUGGUCCAAACGUUUCUUUGAAAGCCUUCUUUGGGAAGCCUGGUCCGUGGUUUGAAGAAGGAGAUCUGGAUGGUGACAAGAACUCAAUAUUUCAUGAUCUAGAUGGCUCAGUGACUGACUACACAGAUACCUAUGUGGGCCGAAUGGAUAAUUACUUGAUUCAACACCCCAAAUGCAUUAACAUCACAGAAUGGAAUGGAGUGGUUUGCAGUGGAAGCUAUGCACAGGUUUAUGUCCAAACCUGGAAUGGACAGAAUCUUUCCAUGACUAUUGUCCGAGAUGAGUAUCCAGCCAAUCCCAUGGUUCUUCGAGGUAUUAAUCAGAGAGCAGCUGCCUUUCAGCAGUACCAGCCAGUGGUGAUGCUCCAAAAGGGCUAUACAAUACAUUGGAAUGGAAAAGCUCCAAAUGUCACCUAUCUGUAUCUCAUUAACUUCAACAAGAAUGACUGGAUUCGUGUUGGUCUUUGUUACCAACCAAAGACAGAUUUUCUUAUAGUGUUGGAAACCUUUCAAAGGCGGUCCUCUGCUCUGUCAAGCAAGGUGGAGCGCUACAUGCCUGUAUCUUCAAUGGUGGAGCUUGAAAGAAAUCGAUCAGACAAGAGGUUUUACUUUGACAACAGUACUGGAUUACUGUUUUUAUUUCUUCAAGCCAAAUAUAAUAGGGAUGGUCACAGUUAUUGCUCAUCUCAGGGAUGUGAAAGGAUCAAGAUUGUGACCAAAGAUUCAUCAAAAGGGAUAAGUAAUUGCAUGACAAAAGCUUAUCCAAAGUACUACCAAGUACCAACCGUGAUAAAGCAGAUGCCAGAGAAAACUACUGUACCAUGUACAAAAUGUGGCACAACUCAGACGGUAUUCACCAGUGACCCUCACAGAAACUACCUCCUUGUGCAGAUUAAUUCAUCUGAUGAAAAAGAAUCAAGCAGAAUUCAGAAAGCAUUUAUAUAUGUCAAUGAUACCAUGUUUUCCUUCAAGGAUAAUGGAAUACUUAUUGUUGUAGUAGAUGCCUGCACUGGCACAGUGGUGGGAAACAAAUUAUUUUCUGGAGUAGACAUUAGGCGUGUAGAUGGAUAUUUAAAAUCUGGAAUUCCACAAAGGUCUAUCAUUCUGCUGAGCACAAGAGGUGAUGUAGCAAUUCCUAAUAGUUUAGCUGAAGCCUUAAUGUCCCUGGGGACAGCGAAACCACCUUAUCUUCAGAGCAAAGGAAGCUUGGCCUUUCUGGGCUUCAGAGGAAACAUUAAGCCAUCCUGGAUUAAGCUGUUUACCAGUCCUGCUGGGCAUGGGCUCGUUCAGAUAGAAAAGUAUAUCCCUCUGCAACUGGAAGAGUAUGGCUGUGCCAGAGCAAUUAAAAGGCGUCAGAAAGACCUUGAGCUUCUGAAGAAGGCUGCACGAUCUCAUUAAAGACUAAGAUGUACAUAAAAUCUGGGGAAAAAAUGUGAACUAACUUAUUUUUUAAUUUAUGGCAUUUUAAACUAUAUUGUUAUCCAAGUAAAUCAUGUUAUUGUCUGACAGAUGUUUGCCAGCAUUGACUGCUUGAAUGCCAAUCUGUGCACCUUCUAGUUGUACAAAAUAUUAAAGAAUUUAUUAGUAUUUGUAUAAACAGGUUUCAGAGAUUUUUCAGAUGUUUGUAUUUACUGUAAACAAGUUCCUUCUGUUUAAUACUCCUUUUGUAUGUAAGAGGGUAUUCAUAAAAGCCUUAAGUUUUUAGUAACAGGUGUUGGAGUGCAUUUUGGAUUACUUGAAAGAUUAAAAUCAAUGUCUUCAUAAACAGCUUGAAUUGGUCAUUAUAACUUAAGCAUUUUUCCCUCAGCUGUUUAGGUGUUUCCACGGGAGUUUAUCUCAGCUCAGUUACAUUCUCAGUCUGCUUUCCAAUGUGUUAAAACCCAAUUUCCCCUAUGUAUGAGGCUGACUCAAGGGAUUUUUAGCUGCAGUAAAAAUUUUUGCUUUUCUAUGGGAAAGAUGGAGGGAGGAAUUCAAAGAUCCAGCCUGGGGCUGGGUGGGGAUUGUGUAGCAUUCAGCAGAGUUUUACAAGGCUUUGUGUACAAGCAUGGCACACAGAGCAGGAAAUUACUCCUGUUCUUUAGGAUCACUGUUUAUUAUUCUUUCUAAAUACACAGGUGUGUCUGUAAGAGUUACUUUAAUAAACAGUCUAGAAGUUAAGGCUGCAGUCUUCAGUACAGCUUGACUUCAGCUUAGUCUUUUAAAGCUUUUAGCCAGAAGGGCAAAGCUGAGACACUGUUACUCUCAAUUUGUUAGGAAAUGAGGCUUCUACUCUUGCAGUGGUGCAUUUUUUUGUUUUGUUUUGAUUGUUAUUUUUUGUUGUUUUGGGUGUUUGUUUUAUUGGUUGGUUGGUUGGUUUUGGGUUGCGUUUGUUUGUUUUUUGGUGUUGGUUUUUCUUUAAUUAUUUUUAAGGCUAUCUCAGCUUUAAGUUCUAAGUGAAUGGAAAGUGCUCUCAGUUCAUUAAGUCAUACCUUCUGCCUUAACUUUGAUUCUUUCAGUAUACUCAUGUUGUUAAUUCCUGUUGACUUUAUAUUAGGUCUGUUGAUUUAAUCUGGUUUUGUUGCAAUUAUUUGGCUGUGCCAAUAGUGUAAAAAUAAUUUAGAACAGUGGCACAGCUGCUCUUUUUCAGGAUCCUUGUCUUUGAAAUUAAAUUUCAGGGAUGGUAAAGAUGCAUUUCAUAAUAGGGAACAAUAGGUGCCAUAGGGCUAAAAUGUAACCCUAGUUCUAAUAAAACUGACAUAUUUCCUUCUUCUUGUAUAUGUUCUCAUUCAUUUGAGCUGGUAUAAUGUAUCUACCAUUCAUGGAUGCUUUGUGCUUUGAAUUCAAAAUAGAAUGGCUGUUGGAAAUUAACUAUACACCUGUCUUCUCCAAAGAUGUUGAAAAACUGUGGGGAUGUUUUUUUGUGCUUUAAAGGAGAAGAGGCACAAUAUCAAACGGAUUACUCUGUUCAACUAAAAUAUGCUACCUCAGUGCUACAAUUAAACUGCCUGGUCUAGUGUAAUUUCCUAAGUGAGAAAUGAAGGGGUAAGGAGUAUGACACAAGAGCUGAAGUUAACAAAUAGAUGACUGAUACUAUUUUUAUUGUAAAACCAAGCCAAAUGGGUGAUUGUGUAUUUUGCAGUUGUUCUGAUGCACAGUUCUCUUGUUAUGUUCAAAAGAAAAGUAAUUUUGUUAGGGGAAGCUGUGAUAAAUCUUUACAACUAAAUGUAAUGUUUGGUGUUAUUAUUGCAGGGCAGUGAUGUAAAUGCUCUGAGUGCAGUAGUGAUAGUGUUUGGGGAUUAAAAUGGCUUUAAGGCUUCCUCUAUUCUCAUGCUCGGCAGAGAAAUAGUGAUGAGGUAGUGAUCCUCAGGCUUGUGAAGUUAGCCAUUAUUUAUGAUAUUCUGCUGUUCUAAGCGUCUUGUAAAAAUUUUCCUUGAAAAUAUCAAGGUUAUUCUGAUGUAGGGCUUACUGAUGAACAAUUGGACCUGAAGUUAAAGUGUUUGUCUUUUGUGUAAAUUUAAACACUUGACAAAUAGCAUAAAUAAAUUUUUACAUCUGACAAGGCAAUAAAAUUAUGGGUGUCUUC